AUGGUUGGAAACGAACCUCUAAGACCAGCAUUGAAUCACGGAGGAAUCGGCCCUAUUCGUCACGAAUCUCCAAAUCACCGCUUCUCGCCUUUCGGUCAGGUUCCGCCACGACCAAACGACAUUAGACAACCUUUAAACAUGAACUCAUUUCCCGAGCCCCAGAACUGUCCUUGUGUCUUCGUGUAUGGCUUACCACAACAAAAGGAGGACAAAGAACCUUUAAAUGAGUUACUUUUGUAUCGUCUGUUUUCCCCGCACGGCGCCAUUUUGUCCAUACAUGCAAAGGAAGGCAGUGCUUAUGCGUUUGUGAACAUGAUGAAAUAUGAGGAAGCCGUGAAAGCAGUUGGGAACUUGAAUGGGUAUUACCUUCAGCAGCAUAACACACAUCUGCAGGUGUCAUUUAAAAAGAAUAAACCCCAGUAGGUAGGAAAGACGUUACCGUUCACCGCAAAGAGCACAGACGCAGUGCAUGUCACUCAGUUGACUCGCUCACACUGUUCAUGUGUUCAUGAUAGUUGAAUAAGCCUGAUAUUACUAACCCCAGUUGGUAAUACAGUCUUCUGUCUCUCAACGGACACCUCUAUAAGGCGGACACCUCUGUAAAACGGACACUCAGAGUUGGUCCCUGCCUUUCUUUACUUCCUUUAUUUGACUCUCCAUAAGACGGACAUCUUUCUAAGAUGGACACAUACUGCAGGUCCCCAAGGUGUCUGUCUUAGAAAGAGUUGACCGUAUCUGCGAGGCAGUGCCAGAUCCUUGUUCAGGGCCCCCAUGGACUCAAAUAAUUACUGGAAGUGCAUUUCGAAUUUCCCUUCACCUUGAUUGGCCAAUUGACAAUGGCUUUUUUAACAGGCCAAUCAUGCCACAUACUUGAAUCCUGGCACAAAGGUGUGGGCCCAGGACAAGGAUUUUGGUACUGUUUUUAAGGCGAACUUAACCAGGCCCUGGUUGUUCUAACAUUGGAUAGCACUAUCCACCGAAUAAAUCACUACCCAUCAGUUAAGUAUUGUAGAACCAAUUGUGCUAUCCAGUGGAUAGUGAUUUGCCCAGUGGAUAGUGUUAUCCACCUUAUGGACAACUGGGACCAGAAGUUUAGUUUUGUAUGUGGCAUAGCCUAUAGCUCUCAGAAUGUGAGUGUCAGAUACUGUAUUUCCUUGAAUAAGUGCCCAGGUGCUUAUUUCAUGUAAAGUAAUUAAUCAAAUAAAGGAUGGGUGCUUAUUCGAAGGAGGCCGCUUAAUCAAGGGCGUGCUCGUUACUUUUUCCUCUAGAUGAACUAGAGAAUAGUCGAGUUGUUCCUGGGAAGUUUAUGACAUUUACCAAGAGUGCGGCAAUACAACAAACGUUAAAAGAAGAGAUAACACAUAUAAAGGAACUCUGCAAGCACAUGGAUAGAGAAAUAACUGAAGGAAGAGAAACAUACUAUUCUCCUUUACUAAUCCCGCUGUAGUUGAUGCCUAAAAGGUUAUAACUAAAGUGGUAAUAGAAGCUGGUUAUUCUUGUAUCCCUACUGUUCAAGAAAGUGAGGGGGAGGAGAGGGGGUGCUUCUCUGAUAUUAUGGCCUUGAGGGUGGGCACUUAUUAGAGCAUAGGCCCUUAUUCAAGGAAAUACAGUAUUAUCUGACACUAAGGUUUUGCUAUCAUUAAAGCAGAAACUGUCCCAAUUACACCAUUGCAAGCACUGCAAGCUGAAACUUUAUUUGGAUGAAUUAAUGCUUUGAGUGCGUAAUACAGUUAUAUAACAAUGAUCGGUUGAUACCAUGUUUUGACAGCUGUCAAUUGAUCAUAACAUUGAUGUCCAAUAUCAAGUUUAACACCAAAAAUUUGUAUAAGCCUCAGACUUUUAACCUUAUAAGACAUUUCACAUUGGCCAACAUGACAGGGCAGAUGUACCUACUGAUGAAUUUUGUCACAAUCAAAAUUUUUUGAAUGCAUAGAUCACCAAAUUUUUUACUUCCGCUGCGCGUAAGAACACCAUUAUGGUGUUGCCAUUUAAAUGAGGCCUUGUUAGCAGAACUAUUGCAUGGUACUAUUUGGAAUUUUUGCAAAUUUCUUCAGAGUUGCUAUCAGGACCAGAACUGAAAAGGUUUAAGCAUACUGUAUUUCAUUUCUGAGUGCUCAAAUAGUGAGUUUGGGUUGCCUGUGCUACUUCUAUAAGAGGUUUGUUAACCUGCAAGUUAGCGCAAUUAUUGCGCUAACUUUUGUAUCCUUGAAUAAGACAUAGCUUUUAAUCUGCACAAGGGAAUCCAAGAGUAACUAUGCCUUUACAACCCUCCAAGUUAAAGUCUUUGCUCAGUCGCUAUUUGGCAACCAACUCUUUUGGUUUAGGGAUACUUUUUACAAAUCAAUUCGCCAGCUCCAAAAUUUUAGGCACCAUGGCGACCAAAAUGGUCGCAACUUGGAGGGUUGUUGGAGGGUACACUUGAGGGGUCAUUACUUUGCAGGAUUUUAUUUAUGUUACUUUAAGGGUUAACGUAACUGACAGAUUGAAAGUCUUUAGUAGAUUUCUCUGCCUGUGGCACAAAAUCUGCUAUUUCACCUCUCCAUGCAUUUCUGGCCAAUUUUUUUUGUUGUUAUCUUUGGUGACACAGUACAAAGAAAAGAGGAAAUCCUUUAAAGGGCUUUUAGGCAGUCAGUCCUUAGUUUCAGGAGUUCUUAGCCGGCAUGAAUGGUUAGUGUUACUUUUAGGGAGUGUUGUAUUAUUUUUAAAUAACCUUGAAGGUGUAAAAACACUGUAAUGCUAUGGCUUGAUUACAGUUUGCAGAGACUAGCAUGGUGUGACAAGCUGUAAAACCUGUUAUUGUAUGUCAGACACUGCAAAAGUAUAAAAUAAUGUUUACCUGUAACUUGCAACUGGAAUUUUUUUAUUGUUAUCUACAACUAACUUGACUCAUGGGAGCAGAGGUUAUUGUUGCAAUGCAGUUAGCUUUACUGCGCUUUUCACAAACGCAAACUCUAAAGUUCAAAAGCCGCCUUAACAAUUGCAUUUUUUGCUGCCAUCAAUCAUAAUUAUGAUCACAAGCAACAAACCUCGAAGCACAGAAACACACAAAACAGAUCGAAAUCCACUAAUCACAGAUCACAAAAACCAUGACCUUUUGAACCUGUUUAAGUAAAGUUCUGUUUCCUAAGAGGUCCACUAAGAUGAUUGAGGGCAGCAAAAAAAUGCAAAUGUCAGUUGGGUUUUGAACUUAGAGUUUGCGUGUUUUUAAAAAGCGCAGUAUGGUGCUUUGUCACAAGUAUAUUGCUCUUGUAGGAGAAUUCUGUGAUGAAAUCAUCACUUAGCAUCUUUACCCAUACACGGUAGAGUUAUGAAGAUAUCAAGCAAAUUUCAUUAUUCAAGGAGCACUAUUAUCUUUUUAAUAAUAAUAAUACUUAUAUAGUGCUGAUAUCAAUAUUGCUAUUUUCGUCAGCGCUUGAAAAUAAAAAUAUUUCAAAAAAAAAAUACUAAGACUGCAUAAAAUAUACAUGCAUAAAGUGCAAGAACCUACCAAAAAGAGUUAAAACAAUUAUGUCAACACUAAAACUAUAAAAGUUACCUAGACUACUUAAAUCGUAAAAAACUGCAUAAAACCUCCUAAAAACGAGAUUAAAAAGCACAUAAAAUCACAAAAAAGUUUUCUGAAAUAAAAAUGUCUUGAGUGUCUUUUUAAAAGAGGCUACUGAGGGGCUACUGCUAAUUGCAUAGGGCAAUGAAUUCCAUAGUUGAGGAGCAGCAGCAGCAAAAGAUCGAUCUUCUAACGUUGUCAAAGUCUUGAAUUUCAUAGGGUUUAGAAGCAGUGCUGUAUCCAGACCAUGCGAUGGGGUGGGGGGAGCGGUCAUCCUGGCCCUUAGAUAAGGGGGGGGGACGGUCUCCAAAAAGAUUUUUUUCGGCCCCUAGGGGGGAUGUGCCACUGGGACCCUGAGACCCUACCUUGUUCGAUUUAGGUAAAUUUUCUACUCUAUAGUAGACUUAACUCCCAAAACCACCCCCUAUCCUUGAGUCGACAUUUCUCAGAAAUAACUGAGUUUGACACUUUCUUUGUUAUUAAUAUGUGUUGCAGGUUAAUUUGAAUUCCCUUUUUUUUAUUAUUUAGUGUCAGUGUCAAUUCCUGGUUUCUGUAGUCGAGACUAAAAUCUUCAAGCACUUGAUCAGUUUCCAGGAGAAUGGUACUCUCUGACUCACCCUGUGUUAGGAAAUCCAAGACAGUCUUGGAUUCUGGAUUCCAGGCCUUAGAUUCUAGAUUCCAGGUGUUGGAUUCCAAUCUUUGUCAAUAGAACUUGAAUUCUGGAUUCCAAGCACUGUCGGGACUCCAGAUUCCUUGAGCUGUAUUCCGAAUUCCACAGUCCAAGAUUGUGUUAGGAAAUCCAAGACAGUCUUGGAUUCUGGAUUCCAGGCCUUAGAUUCUAGAUUCCAGGUGUUGGAUUCCAAUCUUUGUCAAUAGAACUUGCCUUUUUGUGAAAUUCUGGAUCCCCCCCUCAAUGUUAAACUGUUCCACAAUUUUUCAAACGUUUUUGUUUUGUCAAGUCAUUUGCGUAGAAAACAGCACUGCUUCUUAGGAAAGCAAUCUACAAAAUCACAGGUAAUUUCAAAUUUUUUUCCGUCUUCGUGUUUUGUUAUUAAUUUUUUCCGCGAUGGCCAGUUUCCUUCAUUUUGAGUCAACCCAUUUCCGUUUUAAUCGGCUCCUACUUAUUAGAAAAUCUAAUUUUACGAUAUUGAAAACAACACGGAGAAAGUAAUAAAAAGUAAUAAAGAAAAUGACUUAAAAUCAUUAAAUAUUAGGUAAAUGGAAAAAAACAAGUUUGUCACAAACCGGACAUGCUUGCUCCGCUACAAUGAUUGAAGAAUAUCCAUAUACUUCCUGAUAAUUAACAUAAAUAUUUAAUUUGUCGCUUCAAAUUUUAGAAAAUAAAACCUUUACUGCAAAGGCAAAACAGUUUUGGGUCUGAAAUAACGGUAAAAAUUUACACAAAAUAAAAAUACUAACGAAAUAGAAAGGUACUGUUCCGUUGUCACGCACACCUUGCGGACCUAUUAAUUUUUGCUAUGGGUUUCUCAGUAUUUCCUCUGAUUUUCUUAAAAUGUUUAACAGGGUUAUAUUCGUACCUAUGGCUCAGAAAAGAAUUUGCAGACCCCUAUCUCAAAAUUUUCAAACCAGUUUUUAUUUAUUUUUCCAUUUGCCUUGCCCUGGGUGAUAGUUCUUGAGGCAAAGAAUUGCCGCCUUUAAUGAGCAGUUUUACUUUUCAUCCGGCCAAAAUAUUCAUCUAAGCCGUUAAGUUUUUUUACGAUCAAAUAAUGGGCCCUCUUUUGUUGGAAGGAGAAAAUGAAGGCUAUAGUUUCUUUAUCGAGAACGAAAAAUACCGCACAGAGAAAUGACGGCUGCCAGGCCGACAGACGCUACGCGUUGAUUAACCCAUUGUCUUGAUAUCGCACUUAAUGGGUGCGCCCUUUAAAUAUUUUUCGCCGAGAAAAGCUUGCUUUAAGACCGCUUGGCCGAGAAAACACCUUUUAAUGCGAAGGAUUAAAAUACUCCUUAAAGAAAAACUCAUUGAUAAAUAAUUCUUGACACUUACUAGUUUUUCCUCACUGAAAGGAAUACAAGAUAUAUUUCAUCAAUUUUUUUCGAAGUUUUAGCACGCGAAUAAUAUACCAUGCCAGAACGUAUCUCUUUUACCAGUGGUACUGAUGAGUAUACAUUCUAACGAGUAAUUACGUUUGGAAGCCGGAUAAUUUCUUUCACCCGUUAAUAGCCCUCCAUUUUUCCGAGAUGUGAAAAAGUCACCUUCUACCUCAGUAAUUGCAAGCUGCAUCAUACUAAAGUCCGGAGUUCAUUUGGCCCAAACGUCCAAUCUUUUAUGCGUCUUCACUUCCAACUAAUCUGACAAACUGACUUAAUUAUAGCGUUCGGCAAAACAAAGGCAAGCUAACAUAAUUCUCCCGUCAUUAAGCCGUAUUUUGUCAGGAUGAAUUGGCUUAGAAAUGUAAAAGAAAAACCUUAAUGAAGUCUUCCGAGGAAAACAAAAGCCAUUCACAGUUUCAUUUACUACCGAAAGAUUAUUUUUCCUUUUCACUGCCGAACGGAUUUGUGCGAGGAAUUAUCAUUUUUAGACCAAUUUUUGGCUAAAUUUAAAAAAGACUGUAAUCUCCUACAACACAAAAAAUCUAUUUGCAUCAUGGUGGUGUAAAUUUCAAGUUCCGUUUUUUAUUUUCUUGUUAUGGCGCUCGGAGCAAAAUUUUCCUCUCAUCCAAUACCGAUUCAUUUGAUAAGAAUCCAUUGAUUAGGCAGAAAAAUAGGAGUUUAAGCCAAUAGAUGUUUUUUUCGCAUAAUUACCUUGUAAAGUCUGCGAGAGUCGAAAGCAAUUGUUGGACGAACCAAGUUCUAAUGAAACAUCAUUGUCAAGCGUUUCUUUACAAUUCCGGCGAAAACAAUUAACUUAACAGAGUGAUCGUUCUCUUCGAGGAAGAACAAGCGACAUAGGAUUCAGGUCAAUCUUUUUCUCUUUUUAUACUUUAUCCGGCAAAGUCUCAAGUGCGUCAAGACAGUUUUUUUGCUAAACUGUACGUUUCCGCAUUGGUUUCAAGCUAAUUACGUCAGUUUUGUUUGGACAAAGGAGCUGUGGAGUUCGCCGACAAAUUUUCUUGCUACAGAAGCUGCAUUUACAAGAUUUCAGUUGUUGACUUGAGCAGUGAUGACUCGUCCAAGAAAACGAGCGUACGAAAACUCAGAUAUUUCAUCAACCCGAAGUGUUUCAAAAGAUGACUUGAUUAUUCUCCAACCUGCCUGUAAGCUGCAAGAUCUGAAAAUUCAGGACACGAUUGAAGAGGUACUGAGAACAAAUUUAUGCGAUGUGAGUUUCGCUUCCUGGGACAGCGAAGCUCGAUGCGAUGCUCUCAGUAAAAUUAUCCAACAGAAACUAUGUGGCAUUCAACACCAGUUUUCUGACCUAGCAGUGGUCGUUCUAAUAGGUGGUGUGGACGAUACAGGAAUUGUCAAAGCUUCUCACAAAGUCUGGAAGCCGGAGUAUGACAGUUUCGCUUCAGCAUGGUACAAAAAUGACUCUCUUUUUGCCGUGGGCACCGUCUUUGCUACUUACGCCACAAGAAAUAUUUGA